AUGUUGAAGCUCAAAGCUCAAACAGAUAGAACUUCGUCAGUAUGCGGCAUAGAGUGGGACGCCCCCGCGCAGUACGACCCGGUGUGGUUGGCCAGUGUGCUGGCGCACCCGCCGGUGCCACCGAUCAACGAGACCAGGCUCUGGGGGUGGGUCAAUGAGACCGACGUCGUGUUCCGGCUGUUCACUAGACGAAAUCGAUUUGACUACGAAGUGCUCCAUACAAAGGAUUCGGAAUCAUUGCGGAAUUCAAACUUUAAUUUUAAUAGAAAAGUUAAAGUCCUUACUCAUGGCUGGCGCAACCAUGGCUUAAGUCCCAUGCCAGAAUCUAUUAAAGAAGCCUACCUUAACGUGAGUGACCUAAACAUAAUAGUGGUGGACUGGGGCGUUGCAGCCAACGUGAACUACGUUGAUGCCAGCUACAACGUGGCGAUGGUGGCCCUCCACCUGACUCACUUCCUCAACUUCCUCAUAGACGAGGGUGUGUCUACGGACUAUGUCCACUUGAUAGGACACAGCCUCGGCGCCCACGUGGUCGGCAUAGCGGGGGCGUAUGUGAAGAAGGGACCUAUUGAUACCAUCACUGGUCUGGACCCAGCGCUGCCUCUGUUCACGCUGGGCAACAAGGACGCUCGUUUGGACAAACACGACGCCCGCCACGUGGAGGUCAUUCACACCUGCGGCGGCUACCUGGGCUUCGGGUCUCCUAUCGGCCAUAUAGACUUCUACCCCAAUGGUGGCACUAGCCAGCCGGGCUGCGUGUUCGACUUUUCGGGUGGCUGCGCGCACAACCGCGCGCACGAAUACUUCGCCGAGUCCAUAACAUCGGACGUGCAGUUCACGGCGGUGCGCUGCGUGAACUACGACGAGCUGUACAACACGGGCUCGUGCCGCGGCACCGGCGAGACCCUGCCCAUGGGCGGCUUCGACAUACACUACGGGAAAGACGGUAUUUACUACCUGAAGACCAACGCAGAGAAGCCAUUCGCCAUCGCAGAUGCUGAGUGAAAACAGAAAAAUAUAAAUUUCUUCGCCCAAGAAACUUCGUCUAUAAAUUAAAUUUUCAUACAAACGAUUGCGACGGCGAGUCCGUGUAAAUUCAAGGUUUUCAGUUAGUGGUUCGCUUUUAAUAAUUUUCCUUGUUGAAAUUAAGUUCUGAGUUCAAUAGGCAAAGUAAACAAAAGGGAAUGAAUCGAAUGAAAGUUUUAUCAUCCGUGUUAUUUUAAGAUAAUUGGUGCUGUAUUUAUUGUGUUGGUGUUGUUGUAGGUAGAAUGAAGAAUUGUAGAGAAAUUGUUAAAAUAUAAGUUAAAGAAGUAACAAUAUACAGCCUUAAUUUAAUCAAA